AUGAGCGAUGGAGUUGGUUUCUUCUUUGAUUUUUAUUAAGACAUUUAGUCCUUUAAUUGUUAAUUGGAAUUGAACUAAAACUAGAAAUAAGAACAAAAUUUUGACUAUUAGUUUUGUUAUGAUCAUUCAGAUGAAAUGAUGUAAUAUAGUAAGAAAUAUAAAAAUUAGUGAAUUUUAACAUUAGAACUUCUUAUUUGAGAAAUAAUAACAGGAAGAACAGUUAUCAUUUUCUAAGAAUUUAUAAGAAUUAUAAAGUUGUGAUAUGUUGAGUGAAGAGGAGAUAAGUAAAUAAAAAUAUCAAAAUUUUGAGUAAUUAAAUUAAUCAAGAAGUAGAAGUAGAGAGAUUGAAAAAAAAGUAUUCAUUAAUAUAUGAAAGAAUAUAGGAAGGGAAAUUAAAGAAAUGGACAUAAUAGGAAAGUGAUCUAUUGAAAAAUUAUUAUAAUUAAUUUAAUGGAAAUUGGGAUAGAAUUGUUGAAUAAAUGAGAGGAAGAACCAUAACUUAAUGUAAGCAAUAUUGGCAUAGAAAAAAUAAAAAUGAAGAUUAAAAAAAGUGUAAAUGGACAAUAGAAGAAGAUUAAAUAAUCAAAGAUAAUAUCAAUUAGUAUGAAAAUAAUUGGGCAACCAUUGCAAAAAGUAAUUGUUGUUCUUAAAUUAUUAGUAUUAAAAAGUAAAACAGGAAAAUAAAUAAGAGAGAGGUAUAUCAAUAAAUUAAGAGCAGAUAUAAUAGAUUCUAAGAAAUAACCUUGGACACCAUAAGAAGAUUAAAAACUUAUAAAUUUAUUUCAUUAAUUUGGAUCAAAAUGGUCUAGUAUAGCAAGAUCAUUUUAUGGAAGAUCAGUAAAUUUUUAAAUAGAUUUAGGAUUUGCAAGUAAGAAAUAGAACAAAGAAAUUGUUAAAAGAUGAUAUAAAUUAAAAUACAAAGUCUUUAUAAAAUUAGCAAUUAAGAAUAUAAGUUUAAUUAGAAGAUGACAUAGAUGCAUUUUAAGAUAUUGGUUAGACUUGUGAAAAACCUCAAAAUAAAACUAAAUUUAAUUUUGAUUAGUUCAAUUCUUCAACAUUCUCAUUCAAUUAAACUAAACUAGAUUGA